AUGAGUCUGUCUCAUGAUUCUAUUAUUGUAUAUAACAUCAUUUCAUCUAAUGAGAAUGGCACCCAAUCAACCAAUCUAUUCUUUCAUGGAAUCAUUUGCCUAGGUUUCUUGCAUCCUACUCCUUCCUCCUCCACCACCCUGCCCGCUAGCCACCCUCCACGAGUUCAUCUUGUGGAUUCUCACAUUCUUCCUGAUGACUCCUUUAAAGCAUCGGUUUCUAAAGAUUUCGAAUGGCAACGACUUGAUGACAGCGUUCGCACAUGGAUUUAUGGCACCAUUAGUCCAUCCCUUCUCCAAUCCAUUGUUCGUCCUGAUGAUUGUGCCUUUGAUGCUUGGACUCGUAUUGAGAACAAUUUUCAAAAUAAUAAAACCUCUCAGAUUCUUCAUCUUGAGUCUCAAUUUAAUGACAUUUCUCUCUCGAAUUUUUCCAAUGUCAAAGCCUAUUGCAACGAACUUGAAACUAUUACUACUUCUCUUACUAAUCUUGGUGCUUCUAUCUCUGAUAAUCGAUUGGCUCUUCAAGUACUUUAUGGUUUGAAUUCUGAUUAUAAAAAUUUUCGGUCUUUGGUUCAACACAUGACUCCAAUUCCCUCUUUUGAUACUCUUCGUUCUAUGUUGGAAUUAGAAGAGCGCUCAAACCAUAAACACUCUUCUACCGCUCAAGAUACGGCUCUUAUUACUACAUCUAAGGCCAAUUCCAACCAUUUUGCGUCCCGUGGUACCUCCCACCACCAUGGUGGCCACCGUUAG